AUCAUCAGCAGCUGGCGAAAUUUUCCUGAUGUCAUGAGCGUGAUUUGCAAAUGGGUUAUGCCUGGACUUACCAUCAUCAGAGGGUGUGUGUGUGUGUGUGUGUGUGUGUGUGUGUGUGUGUGUGUUUAUCUUGAUUGGCUUACAUUAAUGAUUGCACAAUGUGACCUGAUGAAACGGCUCUUAUUGUGUAAUUCCAUCAGUCACACAAAGCAGCACUUCGGCAUGAUUUCACCCCCGGCUUCAGUUUCUCUCUACUUUUUUACCCCUUCUGACUUUUGUACAACUAGACCUUGGUGCUUCUAACACAAUAGGACGUUGACCUGACGCUCGUUGGGGUGGUAGGGGCGUAGAAAUGUCAGCUAUUGAAACUUUUGGCUUUCUGUAAGCUAAAAACAAAAGCCACUUCGACCUGGGAGGGGUCCGAACAUGCGUAUGUCUGGUGCUUUAGAGGUCUGCUUUUCCUUGAUGGUACAAGCUAAGCAUGCAUGGAAAAAUUCAUCUCUCUGACACACUGAUAGAUGAAAAAUAUAUAUAUUUUUAAAUAAUCAGCUAUUUAUAGCAAUGGAGCGUCACUGCGCAUUGUUUUGUGCGCAUGCGCUGUGCCAAUCCCUGAUUUUAUUCGGUGUUCCAGGCAGCCAUAUGGCAUCACGUUAGAAAAAAGGCCUGUCUUAAAUAUGUUUUCAGAGGGAUGCAAACGUGCAAGCAUAACCCUUUGAGUAAAGCGUGUAAUUUUUAAUAUCAUGAUAAUGCCAUGAUAAUUUUUUUGACACUCCAACGCCUACGCGUUCCAAAUCGCACUCUGACAUGAUGUGUCAAAGUAUUUGAGUGAAACACUAACCAGAGGAUUAGGACACAGCCCGAGCUGUAAGCGCAAAAAAAAACAAGCUCUGUGAUACUGCUGCUGCGCCUCAUUCAUAAUUCAGAAGCCUCGUGAAUAAUUCAUGAGGUGACGUAACACUGCGGCGAAGCUCCUCGUUCGGUUCAACGAGAGGCGUAGGCGUGGUUUUGCAUAAAUUAUGUCGUGACGCAAGCGGAUGAGUUUUUUUAAUCCGCUGCCGCAGCAGAUCAGAUGAGCGGCCGGGUAACGCGGAGGAAGGGGGGCUGCGCAGUCGGUCGGUGGAGGAAUAAAAAAAAAGAAUAAUAAAAGAUAAAAAAUAUCAUUUUAUAAUUGUAAUAAAAUAAAUACGCGGACGACCGGGUAACUACGGUUUUACCGACCACCGACCCCCUACAGCUCCUCCUCUCUCUCUCUCUCUCUCUCUCUCUCUCUCUGUAUAGGAAGUUAAAGGUCACUGCGCGUUUUGUUCUAAGGGGAAAAAAGGAGGAAAAAAGAAAGAGAGAGAAAAAAAAGGGCUCCCGUUUUAUACCCGAAUAUUAAAUGGGUGAUUACGGCUUCGGCUUGUUACAGACAGCGAGUCUCGACCACGGCAGCGGACUGUUCGGCGCGUUCAGAUCGUCCUACUCGAGCCUCUCCCCGUCCGCCGCCGGCGAGCUCCUCCUCCCCGCCGCGUCGCCGCCGUGUCCCUCGCGGAGCGGCAACAGCAGCAGCAGCAGCGCGGCCGCGUCGCCGCUAUACGCUCCGUGCGCCGCGCCCCGGCGCACCAUGCAGGAUGAGCCCGCGGGGGUGACAGCCUCGCGGCGACAGGCAGCGUCCACCGAGCCGUGCGACGAGUCUGUGAACGCAGCGGCCGAUCGAUCGCCGUCCACCGGCGUCGUGGACAACGGGAACCGCACGGACUACGACUUCGGAGACUACACGGCGGCGACACAAGGCCGCUUCGGCGCUGUCACGUCUCUGCGUGACCUUGACAGAGAGAGGGGCGAGAACCAGCGCGCAGACACCGAAGGCGCUCCAGAAGGCCCCGGGCAGCUCACGGAAGACGCGCUGGCGGAUGCCGCGGCGCCUUCGAGCUCGUCCGUGAGUCCCAACAAGGUCCAGAUCCGGAUGGAGCCCGCGGGCGCACAUCUCGCGGCGGCCUUUACGAGCCUUCCGCAUCACGGGACCUCGGCUGCGUCGCCCUCCUCCCUGCACGGGUUCGGUGGUGCACCCUGGUCAGUGCACACGAGCUCCCCUCCGCCGCAUGUAUCCAACAACGGGAGUCACAUCCUGCCUGGAAACGAACCCGAUGGAGGAUUCUAUCCAGGACUCCCGUCUUCGGUGAAUCCCGGCUUCUUCCAGAGCUUCUCUCCGGGGCUGAACGCGCACGGCUUUGGCGCUUCGUUUUCGCCGCAGAUGGGCGGCACUCCGCCGCAGCACGCACCCAGCCGCCGCUCCCCGCUCAGCCCGCAGCACGGCGCCUUCCUGCAGCAGAGGAACAGCUACAACCAGCAGCAGCCCCUCAUGAAGCAGUCUCUGUGGGGCGGCGGCUGGAAUUCGGGGGGCGUGUCCUGGGGCAGGGACCACCGAGGGCGUGGCAUGGGCAUGGCUGUGCCCGUCUCGCUGGGCCAGAUCUCGCCCAUGAAGAAGCCGUUCAGCAGCGGGAGCGUCAUCGCCCCACCCAAAUUCCCACGCUCCGGAGCGUCUCUCGGCCACAAAGCCUGGAACGACGACAACCUGUUCCGCACCGACAACAACAGCAACACACUGUUGCCUCUGCAGGAUCGGAGCAGGAUGUACGACAGUCUGAACAUGCACUCGCUGGAGAGUUCUCUGAUCGACAUCAUCCGGGCCGAGCAGGAUCCUCUGAAAGGCCGCAUGGGAUGCCCACAUCCUGGCGCCGAUGGCCUGCUCAUGCUCAAUGCAAGGAGCUACGGCAGACGGCGAGGACGCUCCUCGCUCUUUCCAAUUGACGACGGUCUCCUUGACGAUGGCCACGGUAACCAGGGAGUUUUGGGCUCGUCCGGUUAUCCGCAUCAGAACGGCGAGCGCAUCGAGAGAUUCUCACGGAAAGUGUUUGUGGGCGGCCUGCCACCCGACAUAGACGAAGAUGAGAUCACCUCCAGUUUCCGGCGCUUUGGUCACCUGGUUGUCGAUUGGCCACACAAGGCCGAGAGCAAAUCCUACUUUCCUCCUAAAGGUUACGCCUUUCUGCUUUUCCAAGAAGAGAGCUCGGUGCAGGCGCUGAUCGAAGCCUGUCUCGAGGAGGGUGGCAAACUCUACCUGUGUGUCUCCAGCCCUACCAUCAAAGACAAGCCCGUUCAGAUUCGCCCAUGGAACCUGAGCGACAGCGAUUUCGUGAUGGACGGCUCGCAGCCUCUCGACCCACGCAAGACCAUCUUCGUUGGAGGAGUGCCCCGCCCUCUGAGAGCAGUGGAGCUGGCUAUGAUUAUGGACCGCCUGUACGGUGGCGUGUGUUACGCCGGGAUUGACACCGACCCCGAGCUGAAGUACCCGAAAGGAGCGGGCCGAGUGGCGUUCUCCAAUCAGCAGAGUUACAUCGCCGCCAUCAGCGCCCGAUUCGUCCAGCUGCAGCACGGAGACAUCGACAAACGGGUGGAGGUGAAGCCCUACGUUCUGGACGAUCAGCUGUGUGACGAGUGCCAGGGCGCUCGCUGCGGCGGCAAGUUCGCGCCCUUCUUCUGCGCCAACGUGACGUGCCUGCAGUACUACUGCGAGUUCUGCUGGGCCAACAUCCACUCACGCGCUGGCCGAGAGUUCCACAAGCCGCUGGUCAAAGAGGGAGCCGACCGUCCGCGCCAGAUCCACUUCCGCUGGAACUAAGGAGCGACGGCGAAGCGCUCGCCGAGGCUACCAGUAUAGAGCACCUAACAGUAUACAAUAUAUAGAGAUCUAUGGAAAUAUUCUUUAAAUAUCUUUAUCUUUUGUAGCAGCCACAAACACUACACGCCUCAUUCGUUUCACCAAAUCACACACCGUUGCUCCUCCACCGUACCCUCAGUCUCUACAUCUCAGGCUUUUGUGGUACUUUUGCUGUCUUUUUUUUUGUUUGUUUUUAAGAGAUUUAAAAAAAAAGAUUUGUAUGGGUUUUUUUUUUAUUAUUAUUAUUUUUAUACGUCAUAUUUAUCACGUAGAGAAUGAGAAUGUCUUUCGCAUGAGAGAGGGCAGUUGUCUGUCUGUCCGCCCGUCUGUCUGCUGCUAACCCCCCUGAUACUCCCCAACCCCACCCCCUUUUGUGGGCAAAGUGCACAAUUGUGUCUGGAUAAACACUUGAUCUUGUAAUCCUGGGGAACCCCCUGAUGAAAUAGAUGCCUGCUGAGUUUCUUUACCAAAGGUAGCGAAAGAACACAAUUCUCACCUUCAUUUUGUAAAAUUGUGAGAAUUCAAUUCGUUACGCAAAAUUGUUUUAAACGUGGUCAAUCAGCCAAAAUCGCAACAGCUCCAGAAUUGAUUUGGCUCCGCCUCCCAAAGCUUAAAAGCGUAAAGGUGGCCAAUCGAUAAAUCAAAUAUUGUUUUUGAUGGGUUUCGUCCCCCUAAUACACUCCAGUCAGUGAUUGCAGUGUUUAAUUCCGUAAAGGACGGCACGCACGUAUCAUUCGCUUAUGUUUACAUACAAAUAUAUCACUUAUUGCAUUAUAUGGAAAAAAGUUGGACACCUGACAGUCAGAUUGAUAUGUGCUUCUUGAACAUUCCUUUCCACAUUGAGCCCCCAUUUGCCUAUUUAGACCCCCACUCUUCUGGGAAGAUGUUCCACUAGAUUUUGUCAAAAUUUUCAGGCAGUUUUUAAAUUCAGGUACUGAUGUAGAUAAGAAGGUGAGGAGGCCUGGGGUGCAGUCAGCGUCAAUUCAUCCCAUAAGUUUAAAGCUCUGUAGCAGGAGAUCUUCCACUCCAACCCAUAUAAAGGAAUAUCUUGAUGGAGCUGGAUUUCUGCACGUCAUGCUGGAACAGGUUUUGGUCUCCUAAUUCUAGUGAAGGAAACAUUUCAUUCCAUCGCAUCUAAAGACAUCCUAUAGCAAUUUCUGAAAGAAGCACAUAUGGCUGAUACUUUUACUUGUGUCCAUAUUUUGUAAGUCAUUCCCUGAUACACCAUUAAGCAAAAUCGGAAAAUCAAAUGAUUAGAUAAUUCUGUAGAGCUGUGGCUAAAACUGAAACGUAUAAAUUUGGCUGAUCGACUUCAUUUACGGCAAACGAAAAAACGUCAAACCUUCACGUUUUGUUCUCCGACCUGUUCCUUCAGGUCGAAUCUGAAGAUAUUGAGCUAAUCUCUAUUUUCGACCCACAUCAAGACUAAUACCUCACACCUGCGUAUCUGGUUUUGAGCUACGUCUAUGUAUGUAUACGCUUUGCUGCUAAGACGUAAAGUUUUGAUAUCUAAUGGCACCCGAAAUCGUGACCGAUUACAAUCGAAAUGCAGCACGUGCUUUCACACAGCCGUGGAGGAAUGGAAUGUGAAAAUGUGUGUGUUUGUACGAGUGUGUGUGUGUGUGCGCGUGUGUGCAUGGAUAUGCGUGGUAGGCUUCUAGACAAGUUUCUCAAAAAGGCACCUAAGAUUCAUUUUAUUGAUCACUACAUAGCAUGAGAGAAUCAACAUCCAUAUUAGGAUCUCGAUUCCAACAUGAUCUCACCAACAGUGAGAAUGGAGAAAUAUUCCGCUGAAGAAAAAUGACUACAAAAUACAAAAAAAAAACUUUGCAUGCUUCAAUAUGGUAAUUCGUUUACACAAAUAGCGUAAUUAGCGUGUCCGUUUAGCUCAGUGUAGUGAUAAAGCAGUGUGUCGUCCCGUCCCGUGAUCUCGUACGUCUUUGUCUGUGUGUGUGUUUAUUCACGUUUUUUUCUUUUCAUUUAAAAAUAACAAAGAUAUCGUAACAUUAUAAUAAUUCCACUUACAGCGCCUGCUACUCUCAAGUCUACUGUCGCUAGCUGAAAAUUCUGUAUAAUCACCCAAUCAUGCUAGUUUUAUUUUUACCUCGUCGUCUCAAACCGAAGAAUCUUCAGGAAGAAAACUAGCAUAACAGAACUAGCGUGUUCAGUAUCUACCCAAUGAAUUCUGAGUCGAGUUUAUGCUUUAAAAAAAGUAAAGCUAGCAUUUUCAGUAGCUAGCAGAUUUUUUUUACCACAGCAAAAUUGCUUACUUGUUUGAAAUGCUAGUUUUUCAUCAUUUCAUGCUAACAUAAAGAUCUUUACAUCGUUUUUUUGUUGGCGGAGUAAAUUUGAUUCGAAAUUUCAAAUUGUUCAGAAGAUAAAAUAUUAUAACUAGCAUGUUCAGUGGCUAGCUGUUUUAAUUUUCACCAAAAAUUCUACAUGCUAACGUAAAGAUUGUCGAGUAAACUUAAUUCAGUGACUAUUGGGUCAAAAUUGUAAAUCUUAGAAAGAUAUAAUGCUGUUACUAGCAUGUUCAGUAGCUAGCAGAUCUUUUUUCACCUCAGCAAAUAAGCUAAUCUGUCAGAAAUGCAAAUUUUCUUUCUGAUUUUAUACUAAACAUUUAAGGCUCAUUGAGAAAACUUGUUUGUUGAAGCAGUAAACUUGACACAGUGAAUAUUGGUUUAAGAUCCUGAAGAUAAAACGUCCUACUAACAUAUACAGUUGCUAGCAGAGGAUUUUUACCACACAAAUGUAUCCAAAAUGCUAUUUUUUUCUUCAGAAUGCAUGUAACACUGUGGAUGAGACUUUGGUGUUGAGCAGGAACUGAAUCAACUGACUGAUUUAGCAGUUGAGUCAAAAAUAAGAAUUACUAUAAUUAAUAAUAAGACUUGUUCACUAGCUAGCUGAUUGUCCAGCUAGCAUGCUACGUAGCAUGAAGGACAUACGAUAUAACUGAUUUUUUUGCUACGUUUGAUUACACACACAUUUGUAAGCAUUAUGCAGAGGUGCCACCAUUUUACAUGUUAGCAUUUUUACACAGUUUGACUCCUUUGCUACGUGAAAAAACGGGGUUUUUCUUUCUUACGGCGAAGUUUAGGACUCGACGUUUUCUAACUGGUCCUUGUCAAAUAAAAAAAAAAACCAACUUUUAUUAUUAAACAUUUAUAUAUAUUUUUUCCUGCUAGAAUUUUCUUGUUAGCAAUGUUGACGCCUCUGCAUUACGUUCAAAAACCAAGAAUUCAGUAACAUCCUUUAUCUGUGAGACAACACUGUGUGACAAAAAAAAUACAACUAUCAAAGAUCAGAAGCCGGCGUGCUAGCAUGCCGUUAAUUGUUUCGGAUCGCUAGCUAAGCAUCGGUUCCAGCUAGCUAGGAGAGGCGUGUUGAGGUGACAUUUGUCUUUUAAUUACGGCAUUUGGCAGACGCACUUAUCCUGAAUGAAUUACCAUAAUCAAGUGAGCAGUUGAAGAUUAAGGGGCCUUGCUCAGGGGCCCAGGAGUGGCAUCGUAAUUGAGCUGACAUUUGAAUUCACAACCUUUUGACCAGAAGUCCAACAUCUUUACUACUGAGCUACCGCUUUCCCGGCGAUAGAUUUUGUCUCUCUGACAAAAAAAUAAGAGAUGAACUACUGAUUACUGAAGCGAAUGGACCCAAACGCAGGAUAUUGUUAAUUUUUCUUUCUCUUUUUAUUUUUUUCGCAACCUAAUCGAUCUGUAGCGUAGCGGUCCACCCAGGCGUAGUUGUCACGUCUCUCUGUAAAUGAAGUGCAGCCCUGUGGAAAGUGUUAGGGACAAUCUGCGUGUAAGCAAAGCCCGGGCGAGUUCGCCCUUUUUUCUGUACUUUACUUGGUUUUUUUUGCGCAUUUUGUAUUUAUUGCAAAGUAUUUAUUCACGUCCGUCGUUUCGAUCACGUGCACUACUACCCUCGAACGUCUCUAGCACAUCGAUCUUAACGGAUGGAUAUCGAAGUCUACUGUACACCAACACACACACACAAAAAAUGUAAAAGAAAAAAAGAUUUUUGCUGACUACCUUUUUUUUUUUUAACUAUAACAAAAUAUUUAAUGUUUAUUCGUGCUAACUUAUUUCAUAAAAGCUUCGGACAUCAUUGAAUAUAUUUAUAUAUGGAACGUAAACAACGGUCGAAGAGAAAGAAGAAUAGUAAUGUAAAGGACGAAUGUCCCAAAGUCCACGAAGGAAACGUUUCCCGACGACGUCGUAUAGCGUCCCGUAAUCCCUUUAACACUCUGCUGUCGCUGGAGUUUGUGCUCAGUACUGUGUCCUGUUCUCUCUGUGUUUUGGUGUUUUUACUUUUUUUAUUUUAUUUUGUCUUUUGUACAAAAGUCGUAUUUAUUUCUAUUUUUGUAGAUUGGAUUGUAUUUUUCUAUUUCACUUAUUCUUUAUUUUUCCCUCAUUAUCAUUUACGAUUCAGCAGGAUUUUGGUGGAAAUACUUAUAUAUAUACAUAUAUAUGUGUGUGUGUGUGUGUGUGUAUAUAUAUAUAUAUAUAUAUAUAUAUAUAUAUAUAUAUAUAUAUAUAUAUAUAUAUAUAUAUAAAUCAAACCACCCAUGCAAUUAUGUGUAUAGUCAUAGAUUGGUUAAUAUAUAGUUGCUUUUUGGACAUAUUAAUGUGAUUAAAUUAAAAUUAAUAUAUUCAGUUGUUAUAUUAUUUGAAGGGUUGUUUUUUAUUAUUAUUACUAUUAUUAUUAUAAUCAUAAUUUUUUUUUUUUUUUUUUUUUAAUGGAAAACACUUGAUCCCCAGACCCCCUACCCCCCACCUCACUAACGUGCAGAAACUUGAACACACUUUGAAAGGCUGACUAACCUCGGAUCUGUGUUGUGUCGUGCAAUACUGUUUCUAACGUUUGUAUAAAAGAAAAGCGAGAACUGCAGUGUAUACCUUUUUAACGCAGAUUUUAUUUUUGUCAUUGCCUCUUUUGCAGAAUUCCCGAUUCACGGUUGUCAUUUUUUUACGGUCGGAUAAAAAAAAAAAAAAAAAAAAAAAAAAAGACGAAACUUUUUUUUUUUCAUCGCGACUAUUUUUAAAAAAAAGAAAUAAUAACCCAGAUCUCUUUGUACUGAUGUAAAUGAUUGUAGUUUAUUUUGGAUAGCGUUUUUUUUUUGCUAAGAAAAAAAACAAAAAAACAAAAGGAGAUUUUUUUCCACGCAUUUCUAUUUAAUUUCAACUUGUUUGAUCGAUUUUAUUAUUAUUAUUAUUAUUAUUAUUAUUAUUAUUUCACUUUAAUGGUGGGUGAAAAUACUUUUUUUCAUAUGUCAUUAACCUUGUUUUGUAUUUUUAUGUGGAAAAUAUAUAAAUAUCUAAUUUUAUGAUGCGAAUUGCUAAGAUGUUAUUCAUUUGAAUUAUUUUUCAAGCUGAGAUCUUUGUAAUAUUGUUAACGUUACUAGUUUUUAAAUCAGAGUUUGUGUACAGGAUCUGCUCGAGCGGUUUAUGAAGUGUUUUGCGGAUUGUAAUUAUUACUGAACGGAUUCUUUGAUAUGCAAAAAAAUUAAUAUGAUGUUAAUUUUUAUUUUGGAUUUUAUUAUUGUUUUGUUAUUAUUUUAUUUAAACGGGGUGUUGAUUAUAAACUUUAUUUUGUAUUUCAGUUUCAUGAAUAAAGAGACGUUCUGUUGGGA